AUUGAUGUUGUUACUUGUAGGAAUAGAGAAAUAUAUAAUGAUAAUGUACCCAUUACGGUUUAAUACAAUCGUAACAACAAGACGCAUGCUAGGAGUGAUUGUUACAUGCUGGGUGUACAGUAGCAUUAUAGCACUGGUACCCAUAUUUGGUCUAAACACCUAUGACAUUUACAUAUUUCCUAAUCUCAAUGAGACUCAGAUUGAAGCUGCAACAUGGGCAACACAACAAUGUAAUCCUGACUAUGCACUUCCAUCGAGUUAUAUGGGAAUAUAUUUCCUGGGUAACUUUUAUCCAAUUAUAAUAUGUCUAAUUUGUCUAUACAUUCAUAUCAUUAUAAAAGCACAUAAACAAGCACAGAAAAUAAAUUCAUUUGAACAGGCAAGUCAAGGAAACAAAGGAAUUUCCUUAAGAAAAUAUUUCAAAAGUUUACGAACAGUAAUUGCUAUAUUAGGAUAUCUAAUGAUAACAUGGGUACCAUUGGGCUUUUUUCAACUUAAUGAGUAUGAUUGGCUGCAGAUUGAGUAUAUUCCAUUUGGAAGGAGUGCAAGGGGUUCUCUAGUACUGAGGGCUCUCCUUACUGGAAUGGGAAAUCUAAACUGUGUUUACAAUCCCAUUGUAUGUAUACUUCUCAACAGAGACAUGCGCCACAUGGCAAGAAAAAUGCUUUGCCCUAAAUGCUUCAGACAACAAGUUGAUUGAGGUACUUUACAUAGAUUCCAGGCAUAUUUUUACUUCUUGAUGUGCCAAAAAGAUUUAUUAGAUUGGUUUAUUGCAGCAUAUUAUACAUUUAUGGUAUUUAAUUUUUGUAUUUGGUGCAAUCUUUGUAAAAAUAUAUUCUCUUAUUGUGAUUGUGAC